AUGUUUUCUAAGUUACUUCGCAAAAUUCAAAUUGACGAUCAAGUCCCAUUAGGAGAAGGAGAAUAUGGCUCAGUCUUUCUCGGGAAGUUUGACGGUCGUCAAGUUGCUGUAAAAAAAGUUGAGUUGCGUAAAGUUAAUGAUAACGACGAAAAAGUGCUGAAACUACUGGACCAUCCCAAUGUCAUCAAAUUCCUUCACUCUGAAAGCGACGAUAAGUUCAAGUAUUUUGCUAUGGAGCUUUGCGCCGCAUCUUUAGAUCAGCUGUUUCUAAAGUCUGAUGAUCCGCGAAAAUACAAAGGGCCUAAAUUACCGCCUCAUUUGGAAGUUUUUCUCCACUUGGCUUUGGGUCUUGAGUAUAUUCAUUCCAAGAAUUUAAUUCAUCGAGAUAUCAAACCGGAAAACGUUCUCAUAUGCGUCGACUCUGCUGGAUUAGUAACAAUGAAAUUGGCGGAUUUUGGAUUCUCUCGAGACGUUAACGAACGAGGGACGUGCACGCUAAGUGGAAUCAAAGAAACUUUGAACUGGUUUGCUCCCGAGUUGCUGACAAGUCUAGAAAGUAACGACGAAGAACUUGGGCGAGGUACAUUCAAGAGCGACGUCUUUGCAUUAGCUCUAGUCUUCGGUUAUCUACUCUUGGAUGGCCAACAUCUUUACGGAAAAGCAUUCCAAAUUCCUGGUAACAUCUUGAAACAAGCACCGAUUGAUUUGGACAGAACCUAG